UCGAUCCACGCCAUGGUAUCCUAUAUGAAGAAUCUUUCUUCAUCUUUUACAAACCUUCCAUCCGCAUCUUCAUGGUUCGAGGUGUAUGCUGCUUUCUCCACGUUCAUGAUGCUUCUCAGAACAGCAAUCAAUGAUUUGAUACCUCACAAAGUUCGAUCCUUCAUAGCCUCAAAGCUUGAGAAUUUCUUCUCCAAAUACCAAGCAAAUAACCAAGUCUCUCUCAAAAUUAGCCGAUAUUGGGAUGAAAGUUCAGGAAAUCGCAAUGAACUUUACUAUGCUGCAGAAGAGUACCUUCCCUCCAGAAUAACCAGAACCUACAGAGCGCUCAAAGUUGGAAAACUAGAAAACCACAAAAGCCUUGUGUUCGCAGUGGAUGGAAGUCAUGAAGUGGUGGACGAAUUUGAAGGUACCAAGUUCACUUGGAUGCUAGAUGAUGGUUCCGAGAAGGGUUCUCAAGAUUCCCUGAACCAGAAGAAGGUUGCAUUCAUAUUAACCUUCAAUGAGAAGUAUAGAAAGAGAGCAUUGGAUAGUUAUUUACCGCAUGUGCUUACAACAUAUGAGGCCAUGAAAGCUGAACAGAGGAUUGUAAAUAUCUAUUCCUGGUCAGAUCACUAUUGGAACGAAAGUGAAUUAUCACAUCCUGCAACAUUUGACACACUAGCCUUGACUCCUGAGUUGAAGCAAGACAUUAUUGAUGAUCUAGAUCGGUUCUUGAGGAGAAAGGAACUUUACAAGAAAGUGGGUAAGCCUUGGAAACGUGGCUACCUAUUGUAUGGUCCUCCUGGAACUGGAAAAUCCAGCCUCAUUGCAGCUAUUGCCAACUACUUGAAAUUUGAUGUGUAUGAUUUGGAGCUCACUUCUAUUUAUUCUAACUCAGACCUCAUGCGAGCUAUGAGAGAUACUUCUAACCGUUCCAUCGUCGUGAUUGAAGAUGUAGACUGCAACAAAGAGGUGCAUGCUCGAUCAAAACCAGAUAGCCUUUCAGAUUCAGAUUCAGAUUCAGACUCUGACAAUAAAAGUGUCAAGGUUAAGACUAGGAGCUUUACUCUGUCGGGUCUACUUAACUACAUGGAUGGUUUGUGGUCAAGCGGUGGAGAAGAGCGAAUUAUAAUCCUUACUACUAAUCACAAAGAAAGACUUGAUCCAGCAUUGCUGCGCCCAGGUCGUAUGGACAAGCACAUUAACUUGUCCUUCCUUAAAGCCAAGGCAUUUCCAACCUUAGCUUCCAAUUAUUUGGGCAUAGAAGGACAUCAUCCCCUCUUUGAACACAUUGAAGGGCUAUUGGAGAAAAUACAAGUCACCCCUGCAGUAGUAGCAGAGCAUCUAAUGACAAGUGAGGAUCCUGAGGUUGCUUUGGAAGCACUUGUUAAAUUUCUCGAAGAGAAGGACAUGGACAACCAAGUAGAAUGCCAACUGAAUAGUGCACAACUAAGUAGUAGCAUAGGAGAUUGA